AUGGCCACUCAAGCGUUAGGCAAGCUUGAGCCAUGGUGCAACUUGGAUGGCAAGGUUGUGAUGGUGACCGGUGCAUCGUCGGGGCUAGGCCGAGAAUUUUGCAUCGACCUAGCCAAGGGCGGUUGCAAGGUCGUGGCAGCUGCUUGUCGAAUUGACCGACUCAAGUCUCUUUGCGACCAAAUCAAUCAGUUCAACUCUCCAAGUCCCCGCCCUACAAUGGUUGAUUCAAGAGUUGGCAACAGUCCUCGAGCUGUGGCCGUUGAGCUUGAUGUGACUGCCGAUGGUAGCACCAUUGAGGCGUCCGUGCAGAAAGCUUGGGAUUCAUUUGGUCACAUUGAUGCUUUGGUAAACAAUGCUGGUGUUAGAGGUCUGAACCGAAUACAAGUACGUGGAGGUGUUGCCUAUAGUUCUUCAAAGGCAGCCAUGGACAGCAUGACAAAGACAAUGGCAUUGGAAUUGGGGCAACAUAGAAUUAGAGUGAACUCAAUAGCUUUCGGGCUUUUUCGAUCAGAGAUCACUGAGGAUCUUAUGAAAAAACAUUGGCUUAGUAAUGUGGCUUUGAGAAGUGUUCCUUUGAAAACGUUUGGCACGUCCGAUCCGGCAUUGACAUCACUCAUUCGUUACUUGAUACAUGACUCAUCUGGAUAUGUCUCAGGAAACCUUUUCAUUGUAGAUGCUGGAUACACACUUCCUGGGUUUGAAGGUGGUGGUGAUGGGCAGGUUCUAGAUCUGGAGACUACCGUUAAAGAUGGGGUUACGAGUGCUGUCGGAGGAGGCUGUUUCAGUGUUAGGGUUGGAGAGAAAUUGGAUCUGAAGAAGAUGAUUGAAGAGCUCAAUUUUCUAGAAGUUCCAUCUGUGUUUAUUUGCCCAAUUUUUCCUUGA